AUGGCUGCCCGUCGCGCCCUAACCCGCUCCAUUCCCGCCCUCUCGGCUCGCUCCGUUCCCCGCGUCUCAUCCCUCACCCCCGCCAUGUCUUCGCCGGCUGCAAACACCAGCAAGAUAGCGGCCAGGCGUCUUCACGCAACAGCAAAACACCUCAAGCCCGCAACCACCACCGCCGCCAGCUCCGCCGAUUCGUACCCCACAUCCCACGACCAGAUCCGGUCGCCAGCCAACACCCAAAACUUCCUGGACAAUGAGUUCGUCGAGAGCAAAGCCACGCAAUGGAUUGAUCUGUACGACCCGGCGACCAACAACCUCGUAACUCGGGUGCCUCAGUCCACCGAUGCCGAGCUCAAAACUGCCGUCGAGUCUGCGCAGAAAGCGUUUCCAAAGUGGAGGAACACGUCGCUGCUGGCGAGGCAGCAGAUCAUGUUCAAGUUCGUGGCGCUGAUCAGGGAGCACUGGGACAGGCUGGCGGCCAGCAUCACGCUAGAGCAGGGCAAGACGUUUGCCGAUGCGAAGGGCGAUGUGUUGAGGGGCCUGCAGGUUGCGGAGACGGCAUGUGGCAUCACCACACAGAUGACCGGCGAGGUGCUGGAAGUUGCAAAGGAUAUGGAGACGAGGAGCUACCGGGAGCCACUGGGUGUUGUGGCUGCUAUAUGCCCUUUCAAUUUCCCGGCGAUGAUUCCUCUCUGGUCCAUCCCUAUUGCCACCAUAACCGGCAACACGAUUCUUAUCAAGCCAUCGGAGCGCGAUCCGGGCGCUAUGAUGAUCCUGGCCGAACUCGCAACCAAGGCAGGCUUCCCACCAGGCGUCAUAAACGUGAUUCACGGUUCCGCUAAGACUGUCGACUUCAUCCUCGACGAGCCUCUCAUCAAGGCCGUGUCGUUUGUCGGCAGCAACAAGGCCGGCGAGUACAUCUACAGCCGUGCUUCGGCGAACGGCAAGAGGGUACAAGCAAACUUGGGCGCGAAGAACCAUGCCGCAGUCCUACCAGACGCAAAUAAGAAUCACGCACUAAAUGCGAUCGCUGGCGCAGCUUUCGGCGCCGCAGGGCAAAGGUGCAUGGCGCUGAGCACGUGCGUAAUGGUGGGCGAGACAAAAGACUGGGUGCCUGAGAUUGCAGAGAGAGCCAAAGCACUUAAGGUCAAUGGUGGGUUCGAGGAAGGGACGGAUCUAGGACCGGUGAUCUCUCCCGAGGCGAAGAAGCGGAUUGAGGGUCUCAUCCAGAGCGCGGAGGACGAGGGAGCGACCAUACUACUGGACGGGAGGGGCGUCAAGCCGGAGAAGUACCCCAAUGGCAACUUCAUCGGCCCAACACUCAUUGCGAACGUGCAGCCGCACAUGAAAUGCUACACUGAGGAGAUUUUCGGCCCAGUCCUUGUAUGCUUAAACGUUCCGACCAUCGACGAAGCCAUCGACCUCAUCAACGCGAACCCGUACGGCAAUGGUACUGCCAUCUUCACGCGCAGCGGCUCCACUGCCCAGCGCUUUACGCAUGACAUUGAAGCCGGACAGGUUGGCAUCAACGUCCCGAUACCCGUACCUCUCCCGAUGUUCAGCUUCACAGGGAACAAGAAGAGCGUCGCGGGCGGAGGCGCCAACACCUUCUACGGCAAGCCGGGAAUCCAGUUCUACACGCAGACGAAGACGGUGACGAGUCUGUGGAGGAGCGAGGACGCCGUGGCUACGAAGGCGAGCGUGAACAUGCCUACGCACAGCUGA